CCAGAGGGAAGCUGCCUUGGCCUCUGAAGGCCUCAGAAAAGGAGGAGGGAAGGAAGGAAGGAAGGGCUGCAGCCAGGACUAGAGAAGAGCCAGGCUACUUGACCAGAGAAAGAGAAGCCUCCUCUCUGCCUUGGGCCCAUUGCCUUGACUGGACCGCCCUCCUCCUCCUCCUUGGAAAGCAAAGCCCAGCAUGAGCUCCCAGCAUCUGGUCCAGGACCCGGAGAAAGGGGCCAAUCCGGGGAUGAUGGGAGAUGGAGUGUCCUCUUCCCGCAAAGAAGGGCCCUGGAAGUGCCUCAGCCUGGCCUCCUUCGCCCUGCUGCUGGCAGCCACCGCCCUCUUCGCCCUCCUCCAGAUGGGGGCCUUCGGAGCAGCCCCUGGGGAACAGGACUCUAAGGAGAACGGAAAGUCAUUUUCUGAAGACUUGCUGCCCAAGACGAUGAAAGUGCAAGCCCUGAUGUCCAGAAAGCCAGCUGCCCAUGCUGUGGCUUCCUUGGCUCAUCCUAAUAAAUUGGUGUGGACUACUGAUGUGGCGCCUUCUGUGCUGGAGAAUGGCAUGCGGCUGGACAAGAAGGACAAUGCGCUUGUGGUACCUUCCACGGGACUCUAUUUUGUCUACUCUCAGCUCCUGUUCCACAGUGACAGCUGCCAAUCCACGGUCCCUGUGCUGCUCACCCACAGUAUCUCAACAUGGUCUGAACAGUUCAAAUCCGAGGUGGAGCUCUUGAAAUCCAUUAAGACGGCAUGUGAGGCUGGGCAUGGCCAGUCAAGCAUGUGGUUUGAAUCCAUUUAUCAAGGGGCCGUCUUCCAGCUGUACAAAGGAGAUCGCCUCUGGUCAAAAACAGAAUCCCUUCAGUAUCUGGAUCUAAAACGCCAAGGACAAAUCUACUUUGGGGUGAUUGCAAUGUAGGAAGUCAUAGUUACACUUCAGCUUAUUCCUCUUACCCUUGUGCCCUUGAUUAUGUAAGAACUGAAAAGAAAAAGUAAAAAGUUUUUGACCACUCUCAAAACUGAAAACGCUGCCUCAUCAGGUCAAAAGCAUGGGACAGAACUGUGAACUGACAUUAGAGGCGUAGGAGUUUGAAGCGUGUGGCACACUAGUGUUAUUUUAUGCUGAGUUAAUGCUUGUUUGAUCAAAUGUAUUUAUUUUUGUUUAUUUAUUUAUUCAUUCAUUCAAUGAGAAUACUGUUGGAAUGCUGAGAUUUGAAUGUACACUUGAUUUGUCAGCUUGAGACCACACUGCUGCACAAGUACAGGGCUUUGGGAAGUUGCCUUUGAGCUACCAACUCCCAGAAUUCUCCCUCUAUCCUAGUCCUAAAGGUAACUUUGCCAAGCUCUGCCAGAAAACAAAAGUAAUGUACUAUGCACACAAUGCACUAUGUGUUUAGAAAUGUGCAAGGAUUUGAAUGAGGCUACAUUGUGGUGGCCAAAAUGGAGGUAAACCCCUUGGAGUCACACUGGAAUUUAUAAGGCUGCCGUCAAUGGGGAUUUGUGUUUCUUUUUGCACAGCUUUUGGGACACUUCUUGAGAUUAAUAAUAUAUAUAUAUAUACUAUGUAUAUCUGUUGAGAUGACUUGACUAUGUCAAUGUGAUUAUGCCUGGCAUCCUGUUAGUGGCAUAGUUAUGGCUGCGUAUGUUUUCUUAGAGCCCACUAGAUGAAUCCUGCUCAGAAAUGGGAUUUUAGAAGUAGAGGGAAAAAAAGCUCCACAAAUGUGGGAUGAUUUUCAAAUGCAUUUCUCCCAAACAGAAAUAAUGCAAAAAUAAAGUGGACAAAAAUGAUACCUUUUUACUUUUGGGAGGAGGUUCAUUGUAGAGAAACGUCUGAAAAACCUCCUGCAUUUGUGGGUUUUUUUCUACUUUUAAAUCCCAUCUCUGAGUGGGAUUUGUCUAGUGUGAUAAGGUCCUUACCAUCAUUAUGGAGGCUGGGGUUGUCUCCCUUCCUUCACAAUGGCCAAAAGUGCAGUUGAUGUAAUCACUUUGCAUCUGGCUACAAGGAUGCAGAAUGGCCAGGGGCUGAAGAGGCUCUGCACUAAGUCCUAGGGAUGGUGAAUGGGCAGCUGCUCUUCUGCACUGAACUGAACGGGAUUCCUACCAGAAUAUUUUGUAUGAACUGCUUCUGAACGUUUGGGAAGAGGACACUGGGAAGAAGAAUCAUGCAGUUCUCUUCCAAUUUACCAGGAGAGAUUUUUCUCUCUGUUGGAUAAUGCAAUAUCAAAUAUGCAAUUUGAUGCCAGAAUGCCUGAGAUACUUUCUUGUCAUGUAUUUUAAUGCCACAUUUAAAAUAUGUUGUUGGAGUGCUAUAUGCAUUCCCUUCAAACAUUUGAUUUCUAAAGAGAAUGAAUUUAAAAAAUAUAUAUUUUUAAGAACAUUGCUUAUUUAUUUAUUUAUAUUUAUAUUUAUUGUGAUGUAUGCUCUGUUUGACACAGAGUGGAAUUUUAAAAAAGAAUUGUGAGUGUUGUUCGCAUUUGUACUUGAAGGAGACCAAGCAAUAAAUUU